AUGGUCCAAUUUUGUCCUCACUGCCAUAAUAUACUGUUAAUUCGUGAAAUAGAUGAAAGAACUGCACUUUUUUGCCAGACAUGUCCAUUCAUACAGAAAUUAAAUAAACAAAUUGUAAAAGUGACUGAAUUAACGCCUAAAAAACCAGAAGAAGCACAAGGAGAUAUGAAUGAGAUAGCUAGUGCAAAAGUUAUGGCUGUAUGUCCUAAGUGUUCAAAUACAGAGGCAUAUUUCUUCCAAUUACAAAUACGAUCUGCUGAUGAACCUAUGACAAGUUUCUAUACAUGUGUGAAAUGUGAACAUAAAUGGAAGGAAAAUUGA